AUGAACAAGACUACAGACGGCUAUACUUGGACCCAGGGCCAAGGGACGAAGAAGGGAGGACUCAAAUGUCGAGGAGUUGUCUAUCCUCCUGAGAAAAGGAGCAGUCGCCAGGAGACUUACGAUGUAAUUGUCGUUGGUGCGGGAUAUGCUGGACUGCGCGCUGCACGCGAUCUGGCCACAUAUAAUCGGAAGGUUUUGCUGCUCGAGGCUCGUGAUCGAGUUGGCGGACGUACAUAUACUGUGGAGGGUGAUGAUGAUGGAUUUUUCUACGAGAUGGGCGGCACCUAUGUCACUUACCACUUUGGAUACGUGCUGGGCGAACUACAACGUUACAAGAUGGACCGCGAUUUAAUCGUUUCUCACCAGGAGGGUCACGAGAACAACUAUUAUACGUUGAAUGUCGAAGGGGCACCGGCAAGGAACGUCACCCACGAAGAAGCUGGCAAGAUCACAUCCUCCGCCUGGGAUAUAUUCGUCAAUGUUGACGGCAAUUCGUGCCGUAACAUCUGUCCACUCCCACAUGCGCAGCUUGAUAAUGUUGUGGUACCCCGAGAGCAGGUGGAGGCUUUUGACAAGAUUUCGUGUAAGGAGCGCAUUGAUCAAAUCAAGCAUCUUCUCACGGCAGAGCAGCUGGGAGCUCUCUCAGCAGUCAUUAUGCUUGUUACGGGCGGCAAAUUAGAAAACUCCAGUCUCUGGGAAUGCAUUCGCACACAUGCAUUCCUUAUCCACGACUCGGCUAAUCUGGCUGAUCUAUGGACGACUUACAAACUUCGGGAGGGCCAGUCAGCCUUUGCCAGACGCAUCUUUGACGAUGCAAUGGACUUCGGCUUAGAAUAUGCAUUCAACACUCCGGUCACGGCUAUUGCUGAUGAAGUUGAUAAUACCAAUGGACGAGUCAAAGUGACAACAGCAAAUGGCGGAACUUUUAGAGCUCACCGUGUCAUUUGUACCAUCCCACUCAAUAUUCUCAAGACGGUACAGUUCAGUCCACCUCUCUCACCUACGCGCCAAGAGGCGAUCGACCUUGGACACAUCAACUUCAUGACAAAGAUCCAUGCGGUAGUGGAGGGCUCAGGCCUAGCUUCGUGGAACGGCAUAUGCUCACCCGGUCAUAUUGCACAAGGCUAUGGAGAUGGUGUCACUGCGCAGGGGAAUGCACACAUUGUUGGUUUUGGUGGUGAUGAGAGAGCGAACUUUACCCCUGAAAGUGAGCCGGAGAAGGUUGUCGCAUCCUUCCAAGCUCUCCACCCGGUUUUCCACAAUUGGUGCACCGAUCCUUGGGCUAACGGUGGCCCAGCUUGGUGGGCACCCGAAUAUAUGUCCAAGUAUCAAGAUGAACUUCAAAAGCGCCACGGAGCCAUCUUCUUUGCAUCUGGUGACUGGGCUCAUGGAUGGCGAGCCUCUAUUGAUGGGGCGCUUGAACAAGGAGCUCUUUGCGCUAUAGAGGCGUUGAGAGAGCUCCGUCUUACCGACGCAUCUCCAGGCCGCCGACCAAAGCUUUAA